CUCAUUUUUGUCUUUAAUUUUCAGGAUUUUCUUGUAUUGCAGUUUUAUUGAAGCCCUGACUAUUUUUUUGGAUGCUUCUAAUUCCUAAAUUUUCUAUGCUUCCAUUGACAUACCAAAUUUCACAAAUGUCGAGAAACCUUCCCAAUAAACUACAUGGUUUUAAAACUCGAAGUGUUGGACCUUCUUUUAUCUUCCAUCUCUCAGCAUUUUGUUUGUUCCUUCUUAAUAUCAUUCUAGAGCUUUGACAUCCCAUAGUUAAUGGUUUAUUUGGACAUUCAUUUCCCUGUCUUUUAGCUCUUGGAACCAUCCUUUGACUAUGGAAAAUUUCUGUCUUCUUGAGGUAGAUGUCAAUGGCCAAGAAAUAUUCUUAGUUGACAAGACUAUUCUUACAUCUUUCUCAGGGAGAUUAAGAAAAUUAUUCAGUAAGUUGACAGGGAAGACAAUAAGGCUGAAAUUAAUUUUCGACAAGUUUCCAGGAGGUGCUGAGUGUUUUGAACUCGUUGUUAAGUUUUGCUAUAAUGGUGGUAGGAUAAAGAUAACUCCUUUUAACAUGUUUCAACUGCAUUGUGCUGCCAAUUAUCUGGAAAUGAAUCAAGAAAUGCAGGGAAAACCAAAUUUAGUCGAGCAAACGAUUUCUUUUUUUCAAAAGACUCAUUACAUGACAUGGUCUGAGCUAAUAAUUGGCUUGGAAAAUUGCCAAGAAUUGAUCUUUUUCAAGCCAUCUUCAUCUUUACUUCAAGAGUUCUUGGAUUGUGUGGUAGGAAGGCUUGAAUUUCAUUACAUUUCUAGCCCAUUUGCAUCUUCUUCCGACAGUUCGUCCAUGCAGUUUUCGGGGGAUAUUAGUACAGAAAGCAGGGGAAUUUACACUUCUCAAGCAACCUGGUGGUUUGCAGAUCUUGGAUUCUUGAACCUUAAUAUGUUCAAAAAGAUUAUUGAGACAAUGAUUCGUAAUAAAUUGGAUCAUUCUGUGAUUUCUUCUUUCUUGUUUUACUACAAAAGAGUGAAGUGUUCCAGUGCUUCAUUAGUUCAGAAAUGCAGAAUCAUUGAGACAGUAACCGAAUUCCUUUCUUCUCUUGAUGGGAGUUUCAUGUCUAUCAGAGGUCUAUUUGACAUUCUUCAGCUGUCCUUGACUUUGAAAGUGAACAAAUGUUCAAUAGGGAAAUUAGAACAAUUAAUUGGUUCCCAGAUAGAUAGAGCUAAACUGGAUGAUUUGCUUAUUCCUUCACCAGCUGGUGAAAAAGUUGCUUACAAUGUCAAUCUAAUUCUGAGGUUGCUGGACAUAUUCCUCUCCAAUAGCCGCGAAAAAAUAUUAAUGUAUCAACUGAAGAAAGUUGCUGAGUUAAUUGAUCUAUAUAUCAUGGAAGUGGCCCCUGAUCCUUGUCUUAAACCUUCCAAGUUUUUGGCAUUGGUUAUGGCAAUGCCUGAUAUUGCUAGAGAAUCAAAUGACAAAAUUUAUCUUGCCAUGGAUAUGUACCUCAAGGUACAUAAUGGUUUAUCUGAAGAAGAAAAGAUAAAGAUGUAUUCUGUGCUGAACUAUGAUAAGCUGAGGGAAGAAACUCUGAAGGACCUAGCUCAAAAUGAAAGCUUUCCAACUUGUGCAUUAUUCAAAGCACAAGUCACUUUGCAGAACAGGCCCAGAUAUUCAGUCACAAGGACAUCAAAUUUUUUCUAAAUAUUCUAUGAUCAUUUGAAUCAAUGUAGUCUUAGAAUCACAAGCAGUGGCGAUGUAUAUAUUAGUCUUUAAAGAGCUAAUGUAAUCAGCUAGGAAAGUCAAUUUUCUUAGCAUACGAUCUUUUUCAUCUUUCAGCAAGCAGCUUGUCAUUUUCACUUUAUCUUCCAGGUGAAAAGAACAAAAUCAA